GUCUUGGACGAGUCGCAGGCCGGCCAGUGGCAGUGUGUGUCUGUCGUGUGGCAAUGCAUCAUCGUGUAGUGCCUUCGCUGGUCGUGAACCAUCGCGCGCUCACAAUUUCCCCCGUUAAGCCCGAACUUCACGACAUGGGGGAUCAAGCGCACAAAAAGAGGAGGCUCUCGCUGUGCGUCGGUUGUGGUUCUCAAAUACACGAUCAGUACAUUCUGAGGGUUGCGCCGGACCUCGAAUGGCACGCGGCGUGCCUCAAAUGCGCCGAGUGCCACCAAUUUCUCGAUGAAACCUGUACCUGUUUCGUCAGAGAGGGAAAGACUUAUUGUAAAAGAGAUUACGUCAGACUGUUUGGGACCAAGUGCGACAAGUGCAGUCUUAGCUUCAGCAAAAACGAUUUCGUCAUGCGAGCAAAGACGAAAAUUUACCACAUAGAGUGCUUUAGGUGUUCAGCUUGUGAACGUCAAUUAAUACCUGGCGACGAAUUCGCUCUUAGAGAGGAUGGACUGUUUUGUAAAGAAGAUCACGAAGUCUUGGAAAAAGCUUCCAAUGGUGAAAAUAACAAUAACAAUACAAAUAUAUCCAAUAACAACAGCCUACUUCACAACGAAGGUUCCAACUCUGAUUCUUCCGAGUCCGGAUCAAACAAGUGUCGAGAGACUGUGAGGAGCGGUGGGAAAGUGACGUCUGACGGAAAACCGACACGGGUGAGGACGGUCCUGAACGAAAAGCAGCUCCACACCCUGCGCACUUGCUACUCGGCCAACCCGAGGCCCGACGCACUCAUGAAGGAGCAACUCGUCGAAAUGACAGGCCUCAGCCCGAGGGUCAUCAGGGUCUGGUUCCAGAACAAGCGGUGCAAAGACAAGAAGCGAGCCCUCGCCAUGAAACAGCAGAUGCAGCAAGAGAAGGACGGACGCAAGUUGGGAUACGGUAGCAUGCAAGGAAUUCCGAUGGUCGCCUCGAGCCCAGUGAGACACGAGAGUCCGAUUGGCAUGAAUCCGAUCGAAGUGACUUCGUACCAACCACCCUGGAAGGCCCUCAGCGAUUUCGCUCUCCACACGGAUCUGGACCGACUGGACCCUUCUGCACCUCCCUUUCAACACUUAGUCAAUCAGUUGCACGGUCAGAGCUACGAAGUCCACGGACCUCCUGCUCACGAAGUCCUCGGCCCGACGACCGACAUGGUCCACCCCGACUCGACCGACAGCUACGUCACUUAUUUAGAAAGUGACGACAGUCUCCAGCACGACGGUUCCAGCCCAUAACGGCCACAAGACUUGUCCCAAAAGUGUAAAUAGGAGCCUGUAUAUAGCUGUGUACAUGCGUAUCCGUCUACGUUGAACUAUGAACGUACUGGUGCAAAAGCAAUGUAUUAUACAUACAUAUACAUAUAUAAAUAAAUAUAAAUAUACAUAUUGUAUAUAGAAAUCCUAUUGAAUGAAUUAUCCUUUUUGAUACUUAAGCUAAAUUGUACAGUACCUCUGUAAUACCCCUUCCAGUCGAUAUUGUUGCGAAAAAUCAUUGUUUUUGUAUUGUUUUUAACAUUUUCAAAACAAACAUAAAAGCUUUAUGACUAACAAAUUCAAACUUGGAAUGCCAGUUCUAAUAUAAAUUUUAUUUAAUUUUGACGAGACUUUUUAACUUGUUUUAAUUUACAAAACAAAAAGCGACCGACAGCUAUGCUCAAUGAACAUCAAUUUAGGUUGUCAAUUUUUGCAACAA